AUGAAGACAGAAAAGUACUGGCUAAUGAAAGCCGAACCCGACUCUCGCGUAGUGAAGGGUAAAGAUGUUAAAUUUAGCGUUGACGACUUUGAAGAAGCGAAGACAACCGCGUGGGAGGGUGUACGCAACCAUCAAGCUAAGAACUACAUGAAGAGUAUGCAUGUCGGGGACAAGAUACUCUUCUAUCACUCGAACUGCAAAGAACCAGGCAUCGCCGGUUUCGCCCACGUUGUCAGAGAAGCGUAUCCAGACUAUACCGCUUGGGACCCAGACCACCCAUAUUACGACCAGAAAACGGACAAGGACAAGCCGACGUGGCACAUGGUCGAUCUGGACUUCGACGCACGGUGCAAGAACUUCGUGCCGUUGGCGUUGCUGCGGGGAAUUGCCGCCGGUAAUGCGGCUGUGGGCUACCUCAGCGAGGAUGGCGCAAAAGCAGUGAAAGAGAUGGAGCUUGUCGGGCGCGGCCGAUUGAGCGUACAGCGCGUGGAAGAAGAUGCAUACGAAGUGAUCCGGGAGUUGGCAGAGAAAGGUGGCUGGGAUGUAGAUGCAGGGAAGAAGUCUAAAGCAAGUGGAAAGCCCAAGAAGGCAGAUCAGGGUGAAGAUGAGCCGAAGAGGGCGAGCCGGAAACGCAAGGCAGGAGAAGGUCAGGAAGGAACGCGGAGAUCGACGCGGACGAAGAGGGAAUAA